GUUUCCCCAUGACUCACGUCAAUUCUAUCCCGAUAGUUAUUCCAUGUCCGCGGUUAGAGGAUGUCGCCUCUUUAAAUGUGUUUAAGUUUUAAUUGUGUUGGAAAAAUGAGUGUGGAAGAGACAGUGAAGUGUUGCCCGAAUUUUUACUUUAAGAGUUGGAUGGCUGGGAAGCUGAGAAAUAAAUUGUAUGAUGUUAAUAGUUUACGAAGAGGCGCCGGCGUCAACGUUCAGGAUGAUAACGGGUACACACCACUCCAUCACGCGUGUAUGAAUGGCCAUAGGGAGAUUGUUCACCUCCUACUAAAAGUGGACGCGUCGCCAUGUGUAGUGGACAAAAAGGGGGCAACGCCCCUCCACCUGGCAGCUUGGAAGGGGGACUCACACGUAGUAUCUAUGUUGCUAGGCCACUGCAACCCCCCAGUCAAUAUAGAUCAGAAGACAAACGACCAAGAAACGGCGCUCCUCAUCGCGGCACAGUUCGGGCACGUGGACGUCGUGGCUCAGCUCAUAGCCAAGGGGGCUGAUGUCUCGCUCAAAAACAAUAAGGAGGAAAGCCCGCUGGAUCUAGCCUCUCAGUAUGGGAAGCUCGAAACGGUGGUGCAGCUAAUAAAUGCGCAUCCCCAACUGCUCGAUCCCUACCGGUUUCCGAUCGGCCGGGGUCGGUCUUUCCCCACCACCCCUCUCCACAGGGCUACUAUGAAUGGAAACAAGGAGGUGGUAGCCUACCUAAUAGACGCCGGCAUGGACCCCAAUGUCCGGACAGAAAACGGCACAGCGUUACACGAAGGCAUCAGAUACCUUCAAGCGUCUGUAGUCAAGGUUCUUCUGUCUAAAGGAGCUGAUCUAAAAGCCAAGGAUAGACAAGGGAACUCUGUGCAUGCUCUCUUGGCUAAGUACCCUGAGGAUGCGACGAAGAAGGUCAAGAAAUAUAUUAGAGAAUACGAGAAUCAAAUAAAGAUCUCCUACGAGAGUGAGGAGGAUCUCCCGCGCAUACCAGUGAAUGACUACCCCAGUCCCGUCGGCGGUUACGUGAAUGCCCAUAUGAUUAGGGUUCUUCCAAAGCUUGGCACUAACCCCGAUGCUUGUACUAACAAAUCUAUUAAAAAACGAGUAUUUAACACAUCAUCCUCAUUAAAACGUAGUAUGCCACCAUUUAAACGUGCAUCAACCAAAAUAAUGAAAACUACUGCUGAAAUUCCCCCUAAAAAGGAAGCAAAUACACCAGAUAGCCCAGGGCUACAACCUAAUUAUGUUAACUACGAAGAUAUGUUAACAGAUGAAACUGAAGCUGUACAAGAUGUACCCGCUAAUAAUGAAAUAUAUGGAAAUCUACCAAACGUUAACUCGACGGUGGAUAAAGAAUCAGAAUACAACAUGGAGUUAUUAGCUGGUUCACAAAACAGCUUAAAAAAGAAACCAAAACCACCUCCUAAGCCCCUGAACCAGUUCCAUAAACAAACACUGAGUAUAAAUGAAUUGGUUCAAAAAAUAGAUGAAGUUCAGUUAAGAUAUUCUAACAAGCAAGAUCAGAACGAUAAUUCACCUCAAGUUGACGGAAAUAUUGAGCCUAUUGAUGAUGCUUACGUUAUUUAUGGAAAUUUACCAGACGACGAAAAAGUUAAGCGAAAUGGCGACGCUGACUCGAAAGUGGAAAAUAAUUAUCCCUUGAUGAACAAGAAUCAUGUAAACAGGAGAUCUGUACCGAAUUAUGUUGAUAUGGCGGGCAAUAAAGUCGUCGUGGAAGAUAUUUACAGUGAAUAUAUUAGUAUGGAUCAAAGCGAAGCAAAGAAACGAUUGUCCCUGUCCGACUCUAGACAAUAUGUAAUGAUGAAAGGCAAUCCAAACUUCGCUCAAGAUGCUGUGGAUUCAGACAGCGAUUACAUUCCCAUGGAUAACGCAAAAGCAAAGAAAAGCCUUUCCCUCAUAGAAGUCAAAAACCCUACCGGAAAUUGUUUAGGUGUUCACACGAAAGGCGAAAAGGGCUGUAUUUAUAACCCAGAUGAUUAUGAGUACCAAUAUGUUUUAAAGCCUAGAGUCAGCAAAGGAGACGUGUCACCGUUCAUUAAAAAGAAAUCGAAAGUAGUCGGUAUGCCUUGUUAUUGCCAUGAGGAAGCAGCAAAAAGAAAAGAGCAGGAAAUAUAUUACAGUUGUGAACAGGUGUAUGUCGUAGUUGACAAAAACAAAAUUUAUACUUCUUUGAAUGAUGUUUCUGUAAGUGAUGAUAAUGACAAUAAUAAAUCUGAUGACAUUCCUACAAAGUUAGAUCUAACAAAGGAAGAAAAACAAUUUGAACCAUUUAAUAAUACUCCAGGUACGUCAACAUCUAGUGACGACAAUAAUACACAAAAUCUUCCACGAAUAAAAAGGUUUUCUUCAGUCUUUAAGAAAAAAAUGGAACAAGCGAAGCAAUUUGUGACUGAGUGGUAAAAUGAUACCAAAUCAUAAAUGUUUUCGUUUUCAGUUCAUUCAUUUAUCAUUGUAAGGAUGCUUUGGUGGUGGCAUACUAUUUAACACAUGCUUAAUUUUUUUUAUCCUUUAUGAUUAAGAAUGUCAGUAGUAAUGUGUUUUUACUUUUAUUUUU